AUGAUUUCAACACCUACUAUCGGUUCCAAGCGUGUUCUUUUACCAUUUGAAGAUGAGUUUGAUGUCCCUCAGACCCCCAAGAGGCUAAAGAGUGUUAACCCAAUGGUGGUGACACCAGAGUCCGAGGAGAAAAGUGAAAAUAGCAGCUCUGCCUCUAACUGCAAUGCUAACUCUAAUCCGUUCCUGACCCCGAAGUCACCUAGUGCUCUCAAUGCUUCCUCUCCAAGAAGAUUGGUCUUUGGUAAGGAAUCCAUUUAUGGUAAGACAAAGGCGCUUUUACAAAGAUCCUGCGGUCUCUUCACAGAGACAGACGGGUCUUUAGUCACUAGAAAGGAACAAUUUAAAUACAUUUCUGAGUUUUUGGAUGAAAACAUUUUGCAACACAAGAGUAAUUCCCUUUACAUUACGGGUCCUCCAGGUACUGGUAAAACUGCACAAAUUGAUGCAAUCGUUAGAGAUAGAUUCUCACCAAUUACACUAGGAUCGAAGAAAAACCAUGCAUCCGGAUUAGUCAAUACUUCAUAUUACGAGUCUCCUUCUGGUGAUCAAGUUGAAUCAGUUGCGGUUUCAACAAUCAAUUGUAUUGCCAUUAACGAUCCAAGUACUAUUUUCCACAAAAUUUAUCAUUCGGUUGCAGAGAAACCAGAAGGCAGAUCUGUGAAGACAAUGAAUGAUUUACAACAGUUUAUGGAGUCCUAUUCAAGUACGACGACAUUUUGUGUGGUUUUGGAUGAAAUGGAUAAAUUGGUUCAUUCUUCAUUACAGGAUACAAACUCUACUAGAAUGAUUUUUGAACUAUUUCUAUUGGCAAAACUACCUUCGAUUAGAUUAGUUUUAAUCGGUGUUGCCAAUAGUUUAGACAUGAAGGACAGGUUCCUUUCACGUUUGAAUUUAAGACAAGAUUUAAUGCCACAAACUGUGGUUUUCCAACCAUAUUCCGCUGAUCAAAUGUUUAAUAUCGUUAUGAAACGAUUAGAUUCAUUACCACAAUGUAUUUUCAAUCCAAUGGCUGUUAAAUAUGCCGCCAAAAGGUGUUCUGGUAACACCGGUGAUCUGAGAAAACUAUUUGACGUACUACGAAGCAGUGUUGAGGUAGUAGAAUUAGAAAGAAUUGCUAAAUUGAAAACUCAGACGGAUCAAGAAGUGACUAAAGUAAAUUUACAACAUGUCGCUAAGGUUUUUAGCCAGUUUAUGAACCACAAUUCCACUCAGUCAAGAGUUCACAAAUUAAACAUGCAACAGAGAACAAUUCUAUGUGCGAUUGUACAUAGAGAAAAAAUUGAUAUUUUCCAAACCCACUGCUCCCUUGAUGAUGCUUACGACUACUACGUUAGAUUUCUAAAGGAUAAAGAAUCGUUAUCACCAUUGAGACGCAACGAAUUUUUAGAAAUCUGCAAUGCACUAGAGACCUGUGGUGUAGUUAAUAUUUUCCAUGGUAAAUCUCACGGUAAGACAAAACAUACCGUUAGACUUAUUAAGUCCUGUGUUGAUGAAAGAGAAUUAGAGCAAGAAGUUGGCAAAUUCGAGAUUUUGAAAAAAAUCAUUGCAUCCUGA